GUUUACAAACAAGACCCGAAGACUGAGGGUGAAGAGGGUGGCUCCAGCCUCAGUUUUCUUUGUAAAAAAAAUAUAAAGGUAUCAAAGGAUUUCAGGAUAUCUAGACAAAACUGUGAAAGAUAAUGGAUGUUAACAAGAAAGGCGACAUGAUUCAGCCUCCUGCAAACAACCGCACACAGCAAGACACACUGUCAAAGGGGCCUCUAGAUGAGGAGGAAAGGCUGAGUGACUUUGGGUCACCCAAACAUGGACCAACACUCUCAACCAGCACUAGCAGUUUUGAAGCUCUUGAUCCUCAUGAUCCUAACCUUAGCCAUCUGGCAUCAUUAAUGUUUUCACACACAUCUAAUUAUCUGCAGGGUGAGUUGUCUGCAGUCUUAGAGGACUAUACUCUGCUAGAACAAAUGAACAAGUCAACCAUUACUAAAUAUGCAGAUAUGCGUCAAAUUGGUGGAAGUGUAAGUAGGGCUCUUAAGGAUCUCAAUGAAAAAUACUUGGCUUUACAGCCAUACCUAGAACAGAUUGACCAGAUUGAAGACAGUGUUACAAAACUGGAAGCUGCUGCAUAUAAACUGGAUGCUUAUUCUAAGAGAUUAGAAACAAAAUUCAAAAGUUUGGAAAAGAAGUAAAGUUAAUAUAAUUUAUUAAAAUUGAUUUAAAGUUAUUAGUUUGAGAAUAUUGUUUUUAUGUGACAGUCACCUUAUAUUGUACUGUACAGUAAUAAUAAUAAAAAACAUACUACAGUAAUUCAAUAUCUAAAUUAAUAGCAUUACAUAGUUAUGAAAAUAUAGGUACAGUAGUUACAUCUGAAUUAUAUUGCUGGAUUUAUUGAGGAAAGAGAACCUACAAUCCUACAAUAAGUUUGUUUUAAUUCUGGUUCAUUUAGAGCUGUGCAGUUUAAAUUUUGAAUAGAUGGACCCAAAUAGUUUUAGUGGGGUUUUGUGCUAUGCAUAUAACUGAGCUUAUUGUAAAUAGGGCUUUGAAAAAAUUCCAAGGUAUUUUCUGGCCCAACCCUUAUUUGCACCCUGGGCCCAAGACCUGUUUCACCCAGAAGUCUGUCAAACAUGCCAGGGCUCUGUUAACUUUAACCUCUACUUUAACAAAUAUUUUUGCUAAUUGUCUUGUCAUUUAAUUUAGUGAAGUACUGUAAGACCAUGGAGAUUUCUCAAUCCAGCACUGAGCAACCACUCAAUAUUACAAAAGAGCAAAUUAGUAUACAGUACUCAAGUUCCUCUGUGAGUGAUACAUAAAUUCAUCUGGAAAGCUCAGUACAGUGUUAUUCUGCUAAUUACUGGUUAGUCAUCCUGGCCACUACCCCCUACCACCACCAUUAUAUGGCAGCAUCUUAUUGGACAACAGGGUCACCGAGCCACCAGCCAUCACAUUAACCCAAAGCAAAACCUCGGCAGCCUCGGAGAAGCCAGGAUAAAAUAGGUGAGAGUUGGAGCAGUGGCUGGCUCAAAAAAAAAAAGCUUUUAAUGUCACUCAAAGUUUUAUACCUAAUUAACGUCAUGUAAAAAAAUUCUCAUGCCCCGACAUCCUAAAUAUGCCAAUUUGUUUGCUUUACUGUGAAUAUUAAAUACUGUAUCUAAACUAUACUAUACUGUACUGUAGUUACCUAUAAAGCUACAGAAUGUAAAAUAAAGUAGUUUAUGCCCUUCAUCAUUAAGCAUUAUUUUAAAACUGUAUAUCAUUUGCUCAAAUUUUAUAACUAUGUACUGUAUUACCUUUCUUCUCAUAUAUUGUUAAUGAUUGCCCCCAAUAAACUAAAAACAAUUCA